AUGCUUGCAGAGCUCAGGACUUUCGGGUUGCAGCAGAAGACUGGAGAUGAGUCCUUAGGGAUAAUUCAGAAGAUGCUGUUGGAAGUCGAAGUUGGCAGUCCGCUGGGUUCGGACAAGUUGAAGGUGCGGCUGACGACUGAGAUCAACGCUGGACAUUAG